AUGCCGCGGUUGUCGUACGAAGGUGUCGACGUCGAGCUCCCCUCGAACCUGACUGGCAUUCAGUUCGACGUCACGGCGGGGACGCUUACGAUCCACUGCUGCAACUUCACGGGGGACGUCGUGUUGCGCCAACGAGCCUCAAGUCGCGCACCGCUGCCGACAGGCGUUUGUUUGCAGCAGCGCACGAAACGACCGAACGACGCAAAUGGUCCGAGCGAUGACGAUCGCGUGUCCCAAGCGGAUGGUAAACGGCUGCGGCCGAGUUUCCUCAAUGAAGCAGAGCAGACGGUACUGCUCGCGCAAUUGAGUGGACCGUCGAAGGAGCGAACGGCAAUGGCAGACGAUGUGUCGGUGCUAACGGCGAGAGCUGACGGACCAGAAGAAGGACCGAAGGCAGUUGGGGGCACCACAGGUAGUGACGUGAAGACGACGGAGAAGACAGUGGGGAAGAAGCAGCAGAAGCGGACGCAAAGGCCACUGACGGACAGUGUGGACCUCAUGUCGGCGCCACUUGAUCUGAAGCAGUCGAGCGCACGGACAGCAGCACGUGAUUCCAGCACCGAUCGACUUCACACGCGCGCGUUGCAACCUGAACCUUCGCCGAGCCAAUGCAUCGAGGAACGGGUCAGAGACGUGUCAAUGUCAAAGGCAGCAGCAGCUGAGGACUCAGCGUGGGAGACGAUCGAGUCGAUAGGGAAUGCCCCGACUGAGCGCUGGGGCCAUACUGCUACCAAGAUCUCAAACGACCGCGUGGUGGUCUACGGUGGUACCGAUGACGAGGAGCGAACGCUUGGGGACUUGCACGUGUUUGAUAUGCAAACACACCGCUGGACAACUCCAAUCAACUGCGAAACGAUUCCGCGAACGUGGCACGAUGCCGUGUACCUGCCUCUCAAGAAUCUAUUGCUUGUGUUUGGGGGCGAGCGCACGGAAAGCGGUGAUGGUAAGCUUGCCGUUCUUUCCGACAUUAUGGUACUGGACACCGAGUGCUUCCUGUGGUUUCCACCGGCUAUUCGUGGGCCACCUCCGUCGGCAAGAAGCGGUCACACUUGCACUGCUAUUGGGAACGAGGUCGUGGUGUUUGGCGGUCGAACAGGACGGAAUCGGCGAAGCACGGUGCAUAUUUUGGACACUGACGACUGGAACUGGAAGACGGUACAAGCUGAAGGAAAAGCUCCCAGCGCUCGCACAUACCACAGUGCUAUCGCUGUCGGCGACAAGAUCGUUUACUUUGGAGGCAACAGCUCUUCCAAAAGCUUUAACGAGGUGCACGUAUUGCAAAGAAAAGUAGAAGAAGCACCGAGUGACCCAGUGUGGACCUGGUUUCAGCCCCCUGUGGUCGGUACGCCCCCACAAGAGCGCACAGGCCACUCGGCGACUCUUUUGGAUGACGGCUGCAUUUUUAUCUUCGGCGGUUGGGAUCCACAGCGGGACGAUGCCAGUGCAUUAACGAGUGUGUUCCACGAUUCGUUCAUCUUAGACACAAAGUUGUGGAAGUGGCAGUCUGGUGCUGUCUGUAAACCCGACGAUGGGCAUACUGAUGCAUUGCCACGAGGACGUGUUGGACAUGGUGCAGCGAUGCACAGCGAUGGACGUAUAUACUUUUUUGGUGGCCAGGAUAGCGCCGAACGCCGGCUCAAGGACAUUUGCAGGGUUACGAUGUCGCAAAGAGCUGGAUGA